AUGGCCGACGUGGUCAACCACCCAACCUUCCAUUCCGAGGAGGAUGACUCUGUCCUCCUCAAAAUGCCGCCACAUAUCGCUGCUCGUUUCUACAAACCUAAGAAGUCCGUCCAAAGACGUAGGUCGUCGUCCAACUCUUCCACUGGUCCCGGUUACAUCCAUCCCACCGAGCGUGCUCACUCUCGACGGCUUAAAUUCCUUGAAUCUCGAAAAUCCCGACUGGCUGCACAGGCUUUACACGCUGAGAAAGUCCGUUCGCGAGUCAACCAUGGUUCUCAUCAGGCCGUCUCAGCACGUCUUCAGGCAAUUAAUGACUCUCUUCGUGCUGCAAAGGAAGCCAGAGAAGCUCAGUUGGCUAAAACUGCUGCUACCUGCGCGAGUGAAGUCGCUAAGGCCAAGGCAAUUGCUGAAGGGGUCCGCUUGAAGCGAGAAAGUGAAAUUCAGGCAAUCAAAGACGGCGUGCAGGACAAAUUGAAUGCGGCUGAGGAGAGACGCUUGGAGUUGCUCAGGGCUCGACAGAACCGUCGCCCUCGGGGCAGCUCUGCUUCUCUCAAAACCCCCACAGAGAUCAGCGAAGUCGUAGAGCCCCUCAGAAAGGCCGCUAGGGACGGCGCUGGUACCACUUCUCCACCGAAACGCCAACCUACAGUCGAGGAGGCCCGUGAUUCUGCUGCUCGCGUUAUCCAAAGGAAUUGGAUGGCCCACCGGAAUUUUGAGAUAGUGUCCAGCUUUGUUCGCCAGGGAAUUACUCUCGAGACUUUUGGGACCAUGCCGUUUGAGAUGGCAACAGCCGCUAUUCAGAGUCCCGAGUUAGCCAAGGCAACUGGCAGUAUCCUUCAACUAGGUGGUGUUUUAGAGGAUCCUGAGGAGGCGGCCAACCUCACAAAGGCCUGCAGAACUUUUCUGAGUGCCUACCUCAUUUUGGGUCACCCUGCUGCUGUCCUUUCCAACGAUGGCGAGAAUGAAAAGGCUCUCAUUGCCCAGAGCCGUGAUCUUCUUUGUGCAUUUGAAUCAUGGAUCCUUAGCACAAGCGCAAACAACGGUCAUCGCGGGGCACCUAAACGUCGUCAAACCUUCAUCGACACGUAUCAGCCGUUCUCUAUCGCGUUUAACGCCUGGAAGGAAAGGGAUCAACUCGAACUAUUGAAUGGGAUGGUUAAUCAGUUCGUUGAGCUUGAUGCUCUCUGGCAGAAGGUUAAAGAUGACUCUGAACCUCAGGUUGCUGCCGAGUUUAAAGAAAGCAUACAGGAAAACCAAAUGAUAAUUCUCAGCAGGAUGAAAGCAAUUGGAGGGAAAAGGGCAACCGAAAUGCUUAAGAAAGCUGUGCAGAAGUCUAGACGCAGGUUACAUCGCAAACAGGCCGAUAGAAAGCCGCGUGCCGUUGUGUCUGAGACUGCAUCAGAUAACUCGGCGACGCAGAGUUUGGGAAUCCAGGCCGCUAUGCAGCAGGUUGAGGCCGGUUCGAGAGCGGACGAGGAUUCCGCCCUAUCGUACCAGGCUGCCUUUGAUGAUGAGAAGAGAUUCAAUCUCACCAACCGUCAGAUCGCUCAUGAGCUCCUCCUCGAUCGCGCCUUCCGAUUCAAGGAACGCUCCAAGGAUCAGAUCUAUCAAACAGUGGAAUAUCAGGCUAAGAGGGCUUUCUACGAUAUCAUGCGUGAAGACAUCGCUGAGGGCGAGUUUGAGAAAUGGAUUCCAUCUAUGGCCGAAACCGUGCGACAGAAACUCCUCCGGCUCGUCCCUGCAGGUUCUUCCGCUCACCAAAUUAUUUCUAACUCUAUUGAUAUCGAUUUGAUCACCCAACAAUGUCGCGCUCAGACCUAUGACCACGUUCCUUUCUUCGGCUUCAUUUAUUCUCUCAUCCCCAAACUUUGCUCCCCUGCACGUGAUGAAGCUUGCCAGGCUCUUAUCAAUGAUGUUUCACCAAACCAAGACUACAUAUCUCGUCUUGAGAAGCUCCUUGAUUUUCUCGAGCUCAUGCAGCUUGACCAUGCAAACUAUCAACUUAUGACUGCUGCACCACACAUAAUUCCGCAUGCAACCCAAUACGAACAGCACAUGUUCGCGGAGGAUCUUGCCGGCGGAAGAUUUGACCUUUCCCGCACUAAGACCUGGCUUAGCACCGCCGUCUCGGGGCGACUCGCAGAGCUUGCCUCCCGCGAUACUGAGAGUGUAAACCACCCUCGUCAACGGCCCAGUGUAUUUUCUCUUUUGAAUCAAGGGUAUAUUUCCCUCUUGAUUCACUUAAAUCCACUGAGUAGUGUCUUGCUCCCCGAAACAUUCCAUAUGGACGGCGAGCGAGUAGUCAAUCUACACAGAGAGGUGAACACCGUUGUUGUCAGUUCUGCUAUGCUUCUGACGAUCAAGAGCCUUUUGAGGAGGGACGCGCGAACUGCCUGGAAAGGUGCAAGAGAGAAGACUGCCGAACUCAUGGAGAACUCUCGCCUCUCCCCUGAAGCCAAGGCAGACGCUCUAGUAACGUUUCUCAAAGAGGAUUUGGGAACUGGUAUUACUGAAGCUCAAGUCGGACACGCUCGUCCUGCCGUUAAACGGCUGUUCGGAAAUUUCGAGAGCGCAAGGAGGGGAGAUACAUCAGGUCUACUCGGAGACCCUGUAGUAAAGGUGAUGCUUGCAAGACUCAAGGGUUUUGUGCUCGCAAAUCUAGACGCACAAACGCCGAAGGAAAAGGUAAAACUUGCUAGCGGAGCUACAGAGACCCUCACAAGCUACGGAAUGGCAGAGCAAGUUGCCGAGGUUGCCGAAAUUGUAAAUGGAGUUCUGGCGUUGGCUAGUGUCAACAGGGAAUGCUAUUCGAAAUGGUACGACGGAAUCAUCGUCGAGGCUAUGGCGCAGGAGAAUUAG